ACGGGUUUCAGUAGCUGCAUAAAACAAAAGGCGAUCUUUAAUUAUUCUACAAGAAACCAGCAACAAAACCCCUCUAUCUAUCUGCUUCAACACUGCAAUUGCAAUCGCAUUUCGUCGGAAAAGUUCUCCAAAUUCAUUCUACAGGAGCUCAGUUAAAGUUUAAUCUAGAAAUCAAUGGGUGACAGUCAGUAUUCCUUCUCUCUCACCACUUUCAGCCCCUCAGGAAAGCUUGUUCAGAUUGAACAUGCCUUAACUGCAGUUGGAUCUGGUCAGACAUCUUUAGGGAUCAAAGCUGCUAAUGGUGUUGUUAUUGCAACGGAGAAGAAAUUACCAUCUAUCUUGGUUGAUGAAACAUCGGUGCAAAAGAUUCAGAUUUUGACUCCGAAUAUUGGAGUUGUUUACAGUGGCAUGGGCCCCGACUCUAGGGUGUUGGUUCGAAAAAGUAGGAAGCAGGCUGAGCAAUAUCACCGGCUUUAUAAAGAACCAAUCCCUGUUACACAACUUGUGAGGGAGACUGCUGCUGUUAUGCAGGAAUUCACUCAAUCAGGUGGUGUAAGGCCAUUUGGUGUCUCUCUCCUGGUUGCGGGGUUUGAUGACAAGGGACCACAACUAUAUCAGGUGGAUCCAUCUGGUUCAUACUUCUCUUGGAAGGCAUCAGCCAUGGGGAAGAAUGUGUCCAAUGCAAAGACUUUUUUGGAAAAGAGGUACACUGAUGAUAUGGAGCUUGAUGAUGCUGUGCACACUGCAAUAUUGACACUGAAGGAGGGAUUUGAAGGACAAAUUUCUGGCAAAAACAUCGAGAUUGGCAUAAUUGGCAAUGACAAGGUGUUCAGAGUUUUGACUCCUGCCGAAAUCGAUGAUUACUUGCAGGAAGUGGAAUAGUGUUAGUACCCCAGCUCAAGUUUUACCUUCUCGUUAAAAUUCAGUGUUCGAUUGUUGUGUGACUAUUUGAGCUGCUACUGUUAAAUCUUGUUCUAAAUGAUGUUAUACAGCUAUGUUGAUUGUGAAACUUUGAAUUAGAAAUUUGAAGUACCAUUUGUUCUUCUUGCAAGUAGCAUAAUGGUUAAUCUUGGUUCGACGUUUAUGGCAAACGCUUAUUGGUAUCA